AAAAACUUUCAAUACCGCCAUUUCUCUUAUAGUUUUUUCCUGAAUUUCUUCGUUUUAACAAAUAUUUAAUUAAUAAAAGAAAAUUAGAGGGACGAAAGGACCGCUAAUAUUCUGUGAUUUUAUUGUUCAUUUUUUUUUCCAUUUUGCAUUGUUUUAUCGAGAAAUCGAAAUUGUUUUAGCUCGCUAUGUCGAAUCCCCAUCUGCUAAAUUCAAGAAUUUCCUUCCAUUUUCUCGUUUGGUGGAUCUUGUUUGGCUGUUUUCCAGGAUUAAUUUCAUCGUUUGAGGUUACAUUGGAUUCAAUUGAAAUAUUCCGCACGCAUGAUUGGAUUUCAAAACCGACUGUUUAUUUCGAAUGUAAAGGAGAGAACACCACGUUGUUGCCCGAUGUCACCAAAAUCAACGUCGUUUAUUCGUUCAAGGGACAAGAAUCUUGGCAGCCCCUAACACAAUUGGAUGGCAAGAAGUGCAAGCGAUGUGGAUUCUACGAGAAGGACGUCAUUAAAAUAGAUGAUGUAUACGCGGAGUGGGAGUUUUGUGCUACCGACUUUGAACCUCCAGCCGGAAAAUAUAUAUUGUUUAAAGAGAAUCAACUCAAUGUUACUUUCCACUGUCAAGAAUGCCCAUCUCUUCCGGGGGCUUCCAAUGCAACCCCAGAAAAGCGUAACAUUGAGGAUGAUGACGAUGACGAUGACGAUGGGAAAGGAUUACGUAUUUUUAUUAUUUUAGUGAUUACUGCGGUUGUUUCAACUGUAACAAUAAUUGGACUGGUGAUGGCAAAUAAACACUGGCAAAAAAAGAAGCGUCAACAGGAUCAAGCUCGGUUCUUGAAGCUAUUCGAAGAAGGAGAUGAUAUCGAGGAUGAACUAGGCCUUGGUACUGUAAUAUGAAUGAAAUA